UCCAAUAGACCAGUAUGGGUUGAAGGGAGGUUCGGUAUGUCUGGCUGUUGCAGAACCCCCUGAUCAACUAAAAGGAAUUAUAUGGAAGUUCCAAAAGGAUGUAAUAGUGGAUGAUAAAGACAUCUCUCCUAAAUACAAGGAGAAGGUAGAUUAUAACCCAGUGAACCAAACUCUGUGCAUUAAGAAUCUGACGGACACAGACAGUGGAAUUUACAUUGCAAAUGCAAAGAAAAUAGAUUGGACAGAUUCAACGUCUUCAUACAAACUUAAGAUGUUGGGUGAGUUUAGUGAUUUUGUUGUGUUUUGGUAGUCUGCUAUGUGUUUCUGUUUUGCUUGGAAAAGCUCAUCUCAAUUAAAGUGUCUUCACCAGUCAUACAUGUAAAAUGUGUUGUAGAAGCUGUUCCCAUUCCAGCCAUGCAGGUGACAUACUACAACUCAAGUACAGGACUUUGUAACAUCACAGUGAAUUGUUCAGGCUGGAAGUUUUCUGUCUGUGAUGGAGGUCAGUGCCCACUGUACCAGGAUUCUCUGUCAGUCUCUGAGGUCAACAUCACCGUCUCAAGUGGUAAUGGAUUCAUCCAGUGUAUCGUCAACAAUCAUGUCAGCACAGAGACCAAAUCACAACGCAUGAAGGACAUAUGUAUUGGUGAGAAGAAGGGGAUCGCUGCAGCAUCACUAGUUGGCAUCAUUGUGGGCAUUGUUACUGGUGGAUUAUUCUUAGUUGGUGUAGGAUGCAUCAUAUCAACCAGAAGAAGGCGAUCCCCUAAAGAAAUAUUGCUACUGAAGGCCGUUGUUCCAGAAGUUGACAACCCAGUGAGCACUAUACCAGGAAGACCAGAACUACAUAACACCCCUGGAUCUGAGGUGACAUCUAUCUACGUUACUGCAGGGAGACCAGGAGCAGUACCAGCAUCAGCAGAAGGAGAAGAGGGGCAUCCAGGGGACAAGGAGUACACUUCACCAGAAGAGAGGAAAGAACCACAGUCCUCCCCACAGGCAGACACAUUCUACAGCACCCUACAGAUACCAGCUGCAGCACAGCGCCACCCAGUGGGCAAAGGAAAUAAUCUAAAGAAACCAGACACGGUGUACUGCACAAUAGGAGAUUACCCCUCCAUCCUUCUCAGAGACCCACUGAUGUUACAUUGAUUAAGAUUUAACCCAUAGACCCAGGUACAGAAUGCAAACACAGGGGAAAUUAUGAAGGAGAGAGAAUCGUGAUAAUGGCUUUUUACAUUUGUUGUCUAAUUUCAUCCAUAUUUAAAGUGGCAAUCUGCAAUUCCUACGUACUUUUGAAUUAAUUGUAUAUAACUAUUGAUCCAUGCAGAAUACAACAUAUGCUUGUUUAACUCCAUUGUUUGUAAAAACUGUAUUUGUAAAACAAUUGGUGGCAGGGUACCCGAGUUGUUAUUAGUUAGACUGCAGAUUUCCCCUUUAGCGAUAGAAAGUAUGUAAAACAGUCUUAUUGUCUGUAAACGAAAAUGAAAACAUGCAGAUUAAUACAGUAGUGCUAUACAUGCUUUAAAAAAGUGUUUAUAUACAAAUCAGCUGUUUGAAAAUGGGAAGCCCAUCCAUUCAAUCAAUCAAAUCGAGCAAUCAAUCAAUAAAUACA